AUGGUUUUACUAAAAAGAAUUUCGUUUCUUUCUCCUAUUCUUUCCUUGUUACAAUUCUCCACUAAAAGCAAGUCUUUUUUUUUCUUUUUCUCUUUCUUUUCUUGGCUUCCUCUUCUUUCUUUCUUUCUUUCUUUCUUUCUUUCUUUCUUUCUUUCUUUCUUUCUUCUUCUUUCUUUCUUUUCCUCGUUCUUUCAUUUUUUCUCUUUCUUUCUCUCUUUUAUUUCCAAACCUUUUUACUUUUUUAACCCUUUUCUUUACUGUAACCCUAUCCGACGUCAUUUCAAGACAGACAGAAUCUAUCUAUCUAUCUAUCUAUCUAUCUAUCUAUCUAUCUAUCUAUCUAUCUAUCUAUCUAUUCACGCGUUCUAUCUAUCUAUCUAUCUAUCUAUCUAUCUAUCUAUCUAUCUAUCUAUCUAUUCACGCGUUCUAUCUAUCUAUCUAUCUAUCUAUCUAUCUAUUCACGCCUUCUAUCUAUCUAUUCACGUCUUCUUUCUAUCUAUAUUUCUCUCUCUCUCUCUCUAUCUAUCUAUCUAUCUAUCUAUCUAUCUAUCUAUCUCUAUUCACGCCUUCUAUCUAUCUAUCUAUCUAUCACGCCUUUUCUAUCUAUCUUCUAUCUAUCUAUUCAUCUAUCUAUCUAUCUAUCUAUCUAUCUCUUCUAUCAAUCCAUUCAUCUAUUCACGCCUUUCUAUCUUCUUUCUAUCUUUCUUUCUUUCUCUCUCUCUCAUCUAUCUAUCUAUUCACGCCUUCUCUCUAUCUAUCUAUCUAUCUAUCUAUCUAUUCACGCCUUUCUUCUUCUUCUAUCUAUCUAUCUAUCUAUCUAUCUAUCUAUCUAUUCACGCCUUCUAUCUAUCUAUCUAUCUAUCUAUCUAUCUAUCUAUCUAUCUAUCUAUCUAUCUAUCUAUCUAUUCACGCCUUCUAUCUAUCUAUUCACGUCUUCUUUCUAUCUAUCUUUCUUUCUUUCUCUCUCUCUCUCUCUCUCUAUCUAUCUAUCUAUCUAUCUAUCUAUCUAUCUAUCUAUCUAUCUAUCUAUCUAUUCACGCCUUUUAUCUAUCUAUCUAUCUAUCUAUCUAUCUAUUUAUCUAUCUAUCUAUCUCAGUUAAAUCCAUAUUUCUUCUCUCCCAUUUUAUCUUCUUCCGUACCCUGUCGCUCUUUCUCUUAGCUUCUUCUCCGUCUUCUUUCUCUCCCUUUUUACUAUUGCACUGUUUUCUUCACCUGACUCACAUCUCCAUAUAUAUUUCAAUCGUUAUUUUUCUCUCCCGAAUAUGUCCUUGCAUUGAGUGUUGUAAAGAAUUUUGGUUUGAUUUGCGGAUAUGUGUCCGAUCUAUCUAUCUAUCUAUCUAUCUAUCUAUCUAUCUAUCUAUCUAUCCAAUUCUGUUCAUUAUUUAUCUAUGUAUCUAUCUAUCCAAUUCUAUUCAUUAUCUAUCUAUCUAUCUAUCUAUCUAUCUAUCUAUCUAUCUAAUUCUGUUCAUUAUUUAUCUAUGUAUCUAUCUAUCUAUCUGA